AUGGCGGAUGGGAGGGAGUCACAGAUUGGCCUCAUCCGGUAUCGGAGGAGGGUUGACUUGGACCUGCUCCAUUUCCUUCGACAUGCUGUCCUCCAACUUUCAGUGAUUAUCAUUCUGCUGCUCUGGCGCUUUAUUGCCUACUACCGUCGACGACGACGGAAGCUGCACGAUGAGAAAAUGCUGUCUGCAAACUGUCCUACGCGUGCCGGUGCUAAUGGUUGCAAUUGCAGUUGCAUAGUUGUCAACCUCUUCAAUGACUCUGCCGGUUCUCACCUCGAACCAUCAUGCAUUCGACACAGCAAACCGGUUGGCGACAGCUCAAAUAGUCCUCUCAACUUGGCCAUUUCUUCAUCAUCCCUGACGCCCUCUUGGAAGGUUGCCUCGGAGCCGGUUGUCAGUUUUCGCGGUUCCACUCUGCCCGAGGCCUGUCGACUGGGCCAAACUAACGAACUGGAGCCCGAGUACGCACCGGAAGACCGAGCCACCUACCAUUGCUUCCCCGAACUUGUCAGUCCAGUGACUAUGGCCAUGGCGACGACGGCGUAUCGCAGCAUCACUCCGGGCUCCAGUCCGGAGUCAUCGGACUAUCGGGCCAGCAACUCGUACCGUCUGACGCAGGAGGCAGCCGGCCAGCCUGUGGAGGACACAUUUCGGAGUCCGCUUGAGACGGAACAGUCGCUUGUCUCCCUUUUUCUAGAUGUGAUACGCCGGCGCUGGGCGAAACCGUGGAACCGAUCGGCUUCGGCUUCGGCCUCGGCAACUUCGAUGCAAGAAGACCUGACGACAACAGGACCUCCCGCGAAACCGAGUGGUGUUGAGGAAAUUGGACAGGGUGAGUAA